UCUCCUGAGUAACUUCAACGCUUCACUCCAUGCAGACAACCUUAUCCAUGCCCAUCCUGCAAGAACCUCCACAAAAGAAUACUACAUAAACGUGGAACCCAAACGAAACUUAAACAUUCACACCAAGCAGCACCACUCAUCCCAAAGCUUACGCAUUCAGCAAUGGCAUCCAAGCCAUGUCAUGCCAACUGAUCUCGAUCAAGCCCUCACCAAGGAUACAAGUGAAAGCACCACUUUGAAGCCAGAGCACAGAAUCAAGAUUGGAGGUAACAAGAUUUCCAAACCCUCACCCUCUUACCCAAACCAUCAAACCCAACAAGCAUGAGAAUUCCACUGAUAGCCUCUCUUGUGGCUGCGUCGUUGUUGCUAUUGUCGAUCGUCAUCGGAUUCAUAAUCUUCCGAUGCGUAAGAAGAGUUAACUCCGAGAGAGAUAGCAACUCGGAGUCUUCAAGCACGCGCUGCCGCGAGUUUUCUCUGGCGGAGAUAAGAGCAGCCACCAGCAACUUCGAGGAGCGUUUAAUCGUGGGCAGAGGAGGGUUCGGGAACGUGUACAAGGGGCACAUCGGCACGAGUCACAAGCCCGUGGCCAUCAAGCGGCUCAAACCGGGUUCGGACCAGGGCGUACACGAGUUCCAAACCGAGAUCAAGAUGCUCUCGCGAUUCCGCCACGAGCACUUGGUUUCCCUCAUUGGGUACUGCAACGACGGUAGAGAAAUGAUACUCGUCUAUGAUUUCAUGGCGCGUGGGACCCUCCGCGACCACUUGUACGGCUCAGGCGAGGCGCUGUCGUGGGAGCGGCGACUGAAGAUCUGCCUGGAGGCCGCACGUGGGCUUGACUUCCUCCACGCCGGCGUGGGCCGGCAGAGCGUAAUCCACCGUGACGUGAAGAGCACAAACAUCCUGCUGGACGAGAAUUGGGUGGCGAAGGUGUCGGAUUUCGGGUUGUCAAAGGUGGGAUCGAACGCGUCGCACGUGACAACAGACGUUAAGGGUAGUGUGGGAUACUUGGAUCCUGAGUACUAUAUGAGUCUUUGGUUGACUCAUAAAUCCGACGUCUACUCUUUUGGCGUGAUUUUGCUUGAGGCAUUGUGUGGGAGAGCACCUAUAGUGAGCAGGGUGGAGAAGGAUCAAGAGUGUCUGGUGGCGUGGGUGAAGCGGUGUUUUGACGAUGGGAAUGUUCAUGAGACGGUGGAUCCGGUUUUGAAAGGUAGCAUGCGCUCCAAGUGUUUGAAUAAGUUCGUGGAGAUUGCUCUGAGUUGUUUGAAUGAUCAUGGCAAGGACCGGCCUCUGAUGAGAGACGUGGUGAAGGGGUUGGAGUAUGCGUUGAAUUUGCAAUGCCGCUUGGCGCAAGGUGAACGGGAAAUUGGCUUGACAGAAAUGGAGCGUCAUGGCGAAUUUGACGAAAAAUUUGCUUCUUCCAGUAGUAAAGCUACGACGACAUGCAGUGAGGAGGAGCAAGCUUUGGUGCAUGUCAUGUUCUCUGACCUUGGAAAUCAAAGACCACGGUAAUUAAUGUAAUCAAACUCUGCUAAUGUCCAUCUUGUAUAUCACGGAGAAAUACUAACUAGUGGGUUAAUGUAUGGAUUUACUGGCAAAUUUUAGAUGUUCCUUAACCAUAAUUUAUAGUUAAUGUUUACAUAAUACUAGUAUUAAUAAACGUUUUUAUUGAGAUCCUGAGUGUGGACUUAUUAAUAGGUGAAAAGAUAUUAAUGAAUUAAGGAAUGCUGAUAUAUAUUUAUGAGGUUUGGAAUAUAUAUAGGGAUAUACAUAAAUCAGUUGGAAACAUUA